AUGCCAGGUCCUAUUGAAGACUACGAGGACGAGCUUGGGAAUAUGUGGGCUGCGGAUUACGAUGAAGGCCAAGACUGGGAAGCCGCCGAUGAUCUCGCUAAGAUCGAGAACCGCGAAAUCCUGCAAAUCUCAGAGAACCCGGUUAUCGCCAACCCGUCGGAGGACGCGCCUGCCCAGCAAGAGUUUCAUAGGGACGCGCAGACCGUCUUCCUGCCGCCAGAUUUUCAACCAGUCACGAACAUCUCCGUUGACCUCCCGGCAAGCACUCUCAUCUCGCCGCGGUACCUUUAUCAGGGUCAGGAGCUCCCGGCUCCGGUUGAUCGGGAGUUCAGAGUCGUCCAGAAGUUACUAGAGGAGCAUCGGCGAACAAGUAAAGGAGGGGACGACUUCAUUGACAUUGAACUCGACCAAUUCACCGUAUUUACCGAACCGUACAUGGGUGGGCUCACAGAGGCCUACAAGAAGAUGCAAUAUCCAGGAGAGAUGCGACCACUCCAACACCUUUCAAUCAAAAUUGGCUGCAAAGUCAUGUUCGCGGCUGGAGUCUUGUCAGUUGGCGACGCUCGGUACUUUGAGAUAUGGAUCCAGUCACAGAUGAACACCAAGUAUAAGGAGGGUGUUUAUUACCGUCUGAAAUCCCCUUCGCCAGAGUACAGAAGAUUUCACAUGGGUUUCAUGUGGCUGGCAGACCUUUCGAAGCAUGUCGUCGACUACCUCUCCGCCGCGGUAGAUGCUGGACGUCGCGUGUUGUUCAGAGAGUUCCGAUCUGAUUUCAGUGCAUGGCUUUUAAAGCACCACGGGGCUUCUGAGGCAUUCACUCGCUGGCGACAACAGCUACCAGGGAACGACUUCCGCACAGCAAUUGUGGCCAAUCUGGACUUUAUCUACAAGGAGGUUCAUGGCGUUCUCGGUCAGCAAAAGACCAAGUCCAUCUAUAUGUGGAAAGAGAUUCCCCUACCCACGCCGAGCAAGACGCCAUCAACCCCAACAAGCGGUGCAUCCUUUCCAGCACCAGAAAAGGCGUUCGGUAAGACCGUCGUCACGCCAUAUAUAUAUGAACUCUUCAACCAACUACCCUGCGGCUUCAUGAUGGAGGCCUUAGCGCCGAGCCCUCGAGCUGACCACUUGCGGAGUAAUCUCACAAGCGCCUACAACUUGGAGUCAUCGCCAGUCCCCCAUACACUUGCUCAUCAGGUAUAUGAGGAGAGGAGUGCUAAAGAGGUCUGUGUCGGCGAUGUCAUUUCUACGACAAGGGAUGCUGACGGCAGCUCUCAGUGGGCUAGAGAGGUUGCUCCUGGCUUUCGCGAUGUCGACCGGUGGUUUGGACUUGUGCAAGAAGUUCACAAGUUGAGGGAUGGCAAGCGGUGUUUUGAUGUCAUCUGGCUGUACAGACCCGUGGACACUCUGUGUGGUACUAUGAAGUAUCCUUGGAAUAAUGAGUUGUUCCUCUCGAACCACUGCUCUUGUGGGGAUGGAUGUCCUAAGAUCAAAGAGAGCGAGGUUCUCUCUAUUCAUGAUAUCCACUGGGGAGGCGCGGCAGGCACCAACGCAGAGUUCUUUUGCCGACAAACAUACCUCACCAAAUUGACGACACAACGAUGGGUUACGUUUCAGCAGAGCCAUCUUCGUUGCAACCAUGAGGCCGAGGCGUUUACCUAUAAGAUGCGAUAG